AUGGACGGUACGCUCAUAAUUCAUUUUUCUUAUAAAAACGACGUGACGUACGUAGGCACCUUCUACGAACUACAACGUACAAGCUACAGUACAGACUACGAAGCCGCAAGUGUUUCACAGCGACCUCCAUUGGCAGCUGCAACUCCCUCCCGAUUCGCACAAAAAGUGAAAAUGAAGUUUCUGGAUUGGUACCUGAAGAUUUCGUUAGUAUCAGCUUUGGUCGGAGCUUCCAUGGAGUGUUUUAUGAUCAAAACUGGCUUCUAUGACAAAGUGACUGUUCUGGAGUCAGAGAAACGGGCUUGGGAGACUUCACCAGAAUCUCAGGCAAUCAGAGAAGCUCUCAAUCCUUGGAGAAAUCAUGAUACACAAGCAAGAAAAGAUUCCUAGCUCUAUGUUGCUGCAAUUUGCUUCCUGUAUGGUUUAUUUCUUUGAUGGUUUAGUGGGAUGUUGGUAUGGAAACUUUGUUUCAGAGAACCAUGAAUUUUGUUGUUUUGAGGAGCAAUGCAUCAAUUCACAAAAUAGAA